AUGCCUUUCUAGCAAAGACAAUUCUCUACAUGGACUUCAUUUUUCUAAUCUAAAAAUAAACAAACAACAGAUAUAAAUGUUUAAUUGAGAGAAUUAGAUCCGAAAAAGGUUAAGUUGACAUUCAGCGAUAUUUGGCAAGAUUAUAAGCACUUCAAAUAAUCUUACUACUUUUUUUAGAAAUACGUUAUGGAAAGUGAAGAAUAAAAAGGUCAAAUAACUAUUGAUCCUAAGGAAUUCUCAUUAAAGAAAUGGUUUAUCGAAUUCUUCUGGACAAAUUCAGAUAAACAUGGAACAGUCACACCUCAAGCAUAUUUCUAUAAAAUUGUGUUCUUGAUAUUAGGUUAUGCAUUAUGGAGAUUAAGAAGGAAGCCUGCAGAAUACUAUUAUCAUUGGCAUGAUCCACUAGAAAAUCAAAUUAACCAAAAUCUGUAAGAAAACUAACAGAGACUUAAACAUAAUAAGAAAAUUGAUUAAUGGUGGAAAUAAGAAAAGAAACUUGCUGAGUCUUAUGAGUCUACAGCCAAGCAAUGA